CCCGAGAGCCGUUUAUGUUCGAACAUCCUGCGGGACGCAAAAUCUAAGAUGGCAACAGACAUGUACAUUUGAUAGGGCGGUCCAUUCGAUCAGGGAGAAAGCCGACUCGGUUAGAGUAUAACGCGCGAUAAUGAGCGAGUGAAAACAGAAAGAAAGGGAGAGAGAGAGAGAGAGAGCGCGCGAGGGUCGCGAUGAACGGAUAGGGUACAGGUGCAACAUCAAUCGCGCAUCAUCCGUGCGGGAGGGAAGGGUGCGAUACACUAUCUUCUCGGCACGCGUAAUCGCCGAAAGAAGACCAGAUCGAGAGUGGCGGACUACUAGUCGUGCUGUGACCGAAAUUAGGCGCUCUCGACAGCAUGUCCGUGACGAGUGACAACGGGAGAUAAAGGUGGGACCGAAGAAACGAGCAUCUCAUCCUAAAGGGAACAGCGGGAGAAGGAAAUAUGGGAAAAGGGGACAAGAGAGGUAUCGCACAGCGCAGUGAUGGCGCCAGCACCAAUCUCGUGGGCAAGUUCACGCAGAGCGUCCGGAGGAUCGUCCAGGACGUGAAGGACGAGGGCACUUCCAGUGGACAAACGAAGGAGGAGGUGAUCGAGACGAACGAGAGAUUGAGAGUCGUGAGGAUACGCUUGGACGGCAGCUACGACACCGCUAAGAGGGCCCUCGUCGAGCUCAUGUGCAAGUACACCGACAGCAAGCAAGUGCGCAACGUGUUCCAGCGUUACAAUCUUCUCAAAGUUAUGAUCAAGGACGUAAUUAAGCUGGAGACGCAGUAUUGGACGCUGGUGGAUAUACCGAGGCAGGAAAAACAGGAGACUGUGCCCGCCUUCGUGCUGCGUGCCUGCUCCAUCAUGGAGAAGACCCACAAGAGCGGCGAAGGCGUGAAAACUUCGGCGCGUCUCGCCGAGGAGGCCGAGACCAAGAGAGAGCGCAUCGAGAGACUCGAGGGUAUGACGACAGCGCAAAUCGAAGCGGAGAACACCCAGAUGACGAAUGAUCUGUACAGAUUAUUGAAAAAAUAUACUGGUCUCAGGAACCUCAUCAAAGAGUUGAAGGAGGAGUACAACAGUUCGAAGGUGUAUCCGAUGUUUCCGCGUUACACGAUACUGAAGGACAUGAUUAAGGACAUAAUGCACAACCCGGACUACAUGGAGGUCUGUCACGAGGUGGAUCAAGCAUAGCGGCCUGACCCCCUCCACCGUUCGCCACGUAUGACCCUGUAAAUCUCACGGGGUCAACGCGUGGUCGUCGGUGAAGGGGGUGAACUACAGAACGCUUCAGCUUCGACUGAUGAUUUCAUUUCGGACAGCGAUCCUUGUGAUUUUUUUCUUUUUCGUCCUAUGCUAUCCGGGAGCUCCCCGUCUCUUUGCCCGCACUCUUCCACACAAACCAAUGCUCGUCAUUCUCAUCCGAAUCCCGGAGCAACUUUGGCGCAACAAGUUGCGUUGGCGUGUUAAUGCUUGCGAAUUGUGUACACAUUCCCGCAGGUAAGUUAAAUCCAGUCUCCUUUGCGCGCGUUUUGUAAAGUUUUGGCGAAAUGGGGUUUUCGGAGAAAUGUUGAAGGAUUGAAUUUCGCGGAAAAGCACGUCAUCGAGUAUCAUGGAGUAGCGACAGGCGCCUCGACGUGUCGCAACGGCGCCACAACGUAAUGAAGAUGGAAUAGUCCGUCGGUGAAAACAAGGUAGGUCGGGUGAGGGUUGUUUUUAUAUUCGUGAGAAUCUUGCUGCUUGCUUGAAAGAACGGCGAUUCUGUGGCGCUCGCUUUAUUACAUAAAUCCGGUAUUUUGCAAACUUCCAAUUUGUCACUUUGUGAAAGCGGAGAUGCGAGUCGCUAAGUGAGCCCAAGUAGCAGGAUUCGCAUGAUUCCAGCGUAAAAGUUGAGAGAUCAUUUUAUAGUUUCUGAUUUCGCGCGUCGAAAUAGUCGCUUGCGUAACAAAAGAGGCUAGCCGCGUCAUUAUUAGUAGCAAGUGUCGUGUGUGUGUAUACGUGGUAUACCAAUUGAAGACAAUUCGUGAAAUCCACAGUCAAGUGAAUUCCUACACCUGCAAGCGUGUGUUUGUACAUAGAUGUAAACUCGUAUGCGUGAGAGUAGCGUAAGAUUGUAAAAGUGAUGUCAAUGUGGAACACACUAUUACCUGCUUUCUGCUGUAUAGAACUCUCGUAAUAAAGGACAUCAUCGUCGCGACCGAAUUCUCGCUUUACCUACAAACAGGACAAAAAUUAGGCGAUUCGGGAUGUUCGAGUAACCCUCUGCGGAAAGAUAAAGUUGCAUUUAUAAGGCAUUUGAGAAACGUUAAUUAAUGAUUUAACGCUUGAAGGAACUCGAAGAUUUAUAUAGUUAAUUUUAAAUAUGAAGAUAUAUUUAUUAGAUCAUAUUUAAUGUGUAAAUUAUUGGAGUAUUUGUAACCUCCUCGCGCUUUCCUACAAACAGAACAAAGAUUAAUGAAUUCGAGUAAUAUAUAUUGAAAAAAAGAAUGUGUUUAUUGCGUGAAUAUUAAUUAAUUAUUUAAGGCCUGAAAAUUUACAACUCUAAAUGGAAAUUUUAUUGAAAUAUUUGAAUAAUAUUUCGUACAUAAUAUUGAAAUAUUUGAAAUGCUAAAUUAUUUUUAACUUAAUUUAAAAAAAACAUUAUAAAAUGCGAAAUUGUAUCUCGAGAUUGAAACGAGUCUGAAAUCUGUGAGUUAAAUAUAGAUCAAGAUUUAAAAUAGGGCCUGCAGAUUUGGAUUUGAUUAAUUUCAGUUUUGAAUUCGGGAGUGAAAUAUGGAUUCAUAGCUAAAGUGAAUCUUUUUGCAAUUUUAGCUGUAAAUCGACGAUUCGAAGAAUAUUUCUCCGACUUUUCAGCCGAUUUCAAUUAAAUAGUUUUUUAUGUAAUUUUUAUUUUUGGCAAUCACAUUUUUAUCGUAACAUGGUACAUUUUUAACAUAUCACAUUUUUAUCAACCACACUUUUACAUAAUUAGCAAUACGCACAAUGGUGCUGAAUAUUAAUGAACAAUUCUCUCCGUAUGUACAAAGCAUAAAUAUUAAUGAUUCCCCAUUUAAAAUACACGCAAUGCCUCCAUUAUGAAUCACGAGAUAAGCUAAGAUAUUUGCACACUUGUCGAGUAUGAAUCAACGUUUCUUUCGUGCGAGAAGCAAAAAGGCAAAAAUGUCACGUACAUACAUUCUUACUUUUGCAGUGCAUCAUUACAUUCAUACGCGAUAGGAUAAAAUAAUCACGCUAUGUAUUUAAUACUAAAUGCGCUUUUCAGAAGUGGAUCACAUUGAGAAAAUCGAUCAAUAUGUUAAAAUGUUAUUAAUUGACGUUAUCUACAUAAAAACUCACCGUUAAACAGUCGCAUUUAGCUAAAUAUGCAGUGAGAAUUCGUAUGCUGAACAAUAACGAUCGUGAAUACAUAUUUGCCCGUAUAUAUUAAGUAACAAAGCUGAAUAUUUUGGGAUGAGAGCGUUGAUUAAAUAUUAAUUUGGCAUAAUGAACAUAUCAUCAACAUCAUAUUUACUGCACAGGGUGUUCCAGACCAACCGUAUUAUUAUCCGUUAAUAGUAGAUUUCUGAGAUCAUGUGAAGACAAAAAUCUUUAUACUAAAAUGUCAAGGCUACAGUAAUUUUUAAAUGCAAAAUGUUUAAAGUUGAUUAAUCAGAUUGUCCAGAAUUCACGCGCUCACGCACGUUGCAUAUUGAUUCUUAUAUAUAAAGAUAUAGAAAUUAAUAUGCGACGUGCUUGAGCGCGUGAAUUUUUUUGACAAUCUGAUUAAUCAGCUUUAAACACUUUGCAUUUACAAAUUAUUGUAGCCUUGAUAUUUUGAAUAAAGAUUUUUGUCUCCGAAUGAAUCUGCUAUUAACAAAUAAUACAAUUGGUUUGAGACACUCUGUAUAUACUCCGAUGAGAAAACUUUUCGAGAAAUUAUGCGUAAAAUACUUGAUUCAAAAAAAUGUCAAGAAUAUUCGAAAACCUAUUCGCAUUUUAAUUAUAUCUGUAAAACUUUCCAAAUAUUUAAAAAUUACUAAAGUUGUCCGCAGAUUAUUGACGCAACUGUUAAUUGAAUAAAAAAUCUAUUCAGUCCAUUGAUGUUGUAUUAAAAAUUGCAAGAUACCGCGUCCGAACGACAAAACUUUCGCAAAUCUUUCUCGAGGGACUUUCACUCGGAGUAUUUGCAUUCGCGCGUACAUGCAUAUUCAUGUGCAUAAUGUGCUGUUCGAUACUGACAAACGCAGGGGAUGUUAUCGGAUCAGCUGUCCGAUAAAAGCGACAUAUAAAAUGUGCCAUGUUCUCCAAGUGCUAUACCUCAUAUAAGUAUUUACGUAAAAAAAAGAAGCUGUAUAAACGCACGUUACACGGUCGCAUGUAAUGCAAAAUACACGUAAUGCAGUUGGCACUCGCGUGAAUUUAGCGCCAGAAAUUAAUUCGAGGUGCAAACGUAAUAAAGAGGGUCCUCUAGGUUUCUGUUGUCGUCGUAUCAUUAAGAUCUAAGCGCGUAUAACGGUAUAUACUAUAUUAAAGUACAUAUAAAAAAGAAAAAUGGCUGACAAAACGAAAUCAAAAUAUGAAAAGUAAUGCGCGGCAGACAUUGGGACGACGAAUGCAGGCUCCGUUCCUCGCAUCGCGGGCCCUUUUCAAUGUUUGCCGAUGGUUAGUGUCCCUCUUCUCCCCCUCCCCGCAACACUGUGUUUACUCUUUCGAACCGUUCUAGCACUGUAUAAUCAAAACGAGUGUAAUUCAUCAAAAUGUCUAAUCAAAACCUGAAUAGUAUCUCCUCGAUCAUCAUUCCUCGAAGCUGGAUACAGGCGAGAAAAGUGCAAUAAAUUUCGAAAUCAAGACAGCGCUUUUUAUCCGCUGAAUUUUAAUUAAACAUCAAAAUUGAAAAUCAAAAUCUUUAUUGAGAAGGAAUAUUUUUAGAAAAUGCUUUCUUCUUUUUUGAAAAAAUAAUCACACGGAAAGUAGCAUCCUUAAUCAUAUGUUCACGAAACAUCAUGAUGGAUGGAUAAUAGCUCUUCCAUCAUUAUAUUGUUGAUGAAAUCACAAUAACAUUAAAUUUUUUUAAUUAAGUGAAAGCGACGAUAAUUCAUAAUUUACAAUGUACCGCAAAUAAUUAUUUCACAUGUUAUUACGUAGCUUUGAACGUUAAUUAAAAAUUAGCGUAUACGGCAAUAACGUUGCCCGAAAAAGAUCAAAGGAAAUCAUCAAAAUAUAUGAAAUUAAUUAAACGAAAAUUUACCAGUAGUCUGUCUGCAUCCAGCACGUUCAUAAAAUCUUCUUUCUUCGAAUUGACUGUUUAGAAUAGAGCUUUCAAUGUAUGUAUUUACCUUUCACUAUAUUCUAUGUACAUAAGAAGGGCAUUCAGGCAUAUUAUUGCAGAAGGUAUUCAAUAAUUUUUCAUGUUUUUUAUAAUUUAAUGGAUUCUUGAAAUAUUUUAUAAUAUGAAAAAUAUUGAUUAUCGAUUUCGCCAUCAUUCUUUGACAUUGUGGAAUAGCAAAACGCAUAUCUUAAAAGAUUUAUUUUCCUGAAAAAUUUGCAUGAUAAAAGUUUGCAGGGUAUUUCUAAUAAAAUAUAAAAGCGUUUUUUUAAGCAAGAGUGAAAACUCUUUAUAUAUUUUUCAAACAAAAAUAUUUUCAAUGGACUGCUUUUUCUGAACUUCUCAGAAAAAUUUUCGAAGAAAUUAGCGUUAUUUUAAGAAAGAAAAGCUUUGAUAUUCCAUGUAAUUGAUAUAUAUUUUCCGGCACUUUGAAAUCUCUAAAAUAUUCAUGUUACAUGAAAACUUUUGUAUCCAUUUAUCCGUUUUACGAUGCAACUUAUCUAAAGAUAUUUGUAGUCUUGUAUAUUCAAAACGUGAAUAAUAUAUAUAUAUAUGCGACCAAGAUAAAUAAUCUAUAGAUCUAUAUAUUAAUCUAUAGAUGACAAUGAAUAUUGUUUAAAGAAUUCAAAAUCUACGGGGGUCUAAAUGUUAACAAAUCCACAUUAUUUAUACCGACGAAUUAUUUUGCGAUAAACUAGCAAAAUCUUUGUACUACAAUAAUUUUUGCUAUAAAUAAUUUAUUUUUUAAUUAAAUUUAACAAUAUUAAAGUUUUAUUGUAAAAGAGAUUUGUUGCAACUGAAUUUUGUUACGUGUUGAAUAAUGAAAUUUUUCUCAUAUACCGCGCGUAAAAAUAAUUGCUAAAAAAUAAUUAAAUUUUUUUUUGUUUUUUUUUGUUUUAAUAACACAAACGAAAUUGUUGGUACAUGGACCCUUCAUGAUCUUUAAAUUUCUCUAUAUCUAUAUCAGUAAUUGAACUGUGGUCGUUGUACUAUUUAAUGCUCGCUCUCAUUGUAAUGAGAAUUACAAUGCAACUCGCGAUUAUUACUGAGCGAUUGACUCGCCUCAGGCAGCGCAGUUGAUAUUUUUUAUGCAACCGGGAAUUUUCUUAGACCAAUUAUCAUAUAACGUGUAAGAUGAACCUAUAAGAUAUAGCGUAACGCUAAAAACCGUAUGUGUAGCGACGGAGUAAAGCUACUACUCGAUAUGCAAUGUCUCUGAAUUGAAGAAUAAUAGCAAGUGUGCUCGCCUUUUCGACGAAAUUAGGAGAGUGCCAAAUAGAUUUUGAAAGUUUAUACGUGUAUGUGUGUGUGCGCGAUUACAAUUGCUCGUGUAUGGGAAUAUGUGUAUGUGUGCGCAUAUGCGUGUAUGCGUUUCUGUCAUGUUUUUUAUAACAUGCCGGCUAUAACUUCGAGAACGGUAUUCUCGUUCGCUGAAUUGAUCGAUAUUCAAUUUCAACCGGACAAUUGAAUUAAUUACUACGCUUCAAUCAUACAUACACUAGGACAAUUUGUAAUGUUAAACAGUUCAUUGUUUAUUUAUCCUUGAUAACAAAUAUUUUAUUAGUAAUAUUCUCGCAGUCGUAAUUAUUUUGUUAGGUUCCUUGGUUGAUAUUACAUUGCAUAAAUAUUUUGUCACAAAUAUGAAAAUUAUAGAAACGUAUAGAAUACCAAAGAUAACUUAUACAUAUAUAAUGGAAAUUUAGAGAUAUAUAUUAAAGCUUGAUAAAGGCGUAAAUAUUAAAAGAAUAAAUAUAUCCAAUAAAGUAUGAUGCGAUCUAGGGCUAAAAAGAUCACUUCAGCGAAAUAUAGCCAUUUAUCAUUUAAGUAUAAAAAUAACAAACGUAUACAGAUACGAGAGAGAGAUCUACCGAAUGUGUUUUAAAGAGUGUGUACAUGGUAGAUUUACAUAAUUGUAUUAGUAUUAUAAUGAGAUAUUUUCUUAAUGGUUCUUCGAUCUUUGCAAAAUAUAUC